GCCUGUGGUUCUUGUCAAAAUCCUUAUUGCAUGGCCAAGUAAAUGUAUUAGUUAUUGGAAAGAAUUUGUCAAUUUAGAACUUUGUUAUAGUGCGAAUAAGUUUCAGUUUCAGUGUGUUUCAGUGUAUUUUUUUCGUAUAAUGGUAAAUCAUGUUUAAAGAACGGAAUCGAUUUGAUAUGGUGUUUUAAAAUUUUAAUUUCUGUUGUUUCGUCGCUAUUUCCUUUUUACAUAACAUUUUGAUAGUGUUGAUACCUGUUUAGGGCCUUCAUAAUUUCGGAGGGUAACAAUGUUUAGCACUUUGCAUCGUCUAUUCGAGCAAUCUCUCAGAAAGCGCCCUCUGUUGACGAACUAUGUAGUUUACGCUUCCUUCUACACGGCUGCGGAGUUCACACAGCAGACUGUUAACAAAUAUUACUUGCCAACUAAACCAGACUACAAUCUUGCGUCCGGAGCUCGUGUGGUCAUGGUGGGCAGCACACUAUACGCACCCAGCUUAUAUUUUUGGUACAAGUUCCUGGACAAGAAGUUUGUUGGUAGAGCUGUAAAGACGGUGUUCACCAAAGUGGCCUGUGACCAGUUCAUUAUGACACCAUUUUUACUGGCCUGCUUCUUUACAAUUCUAAGCGUUUUGGAGGGCCAGCAAGAUAUAUUCGCAGAACUACGACACAAGUACGUAAAGACGUUAAUGGCAAAUCAAGUGUUCUGGCUUCCAGUGCAGUCCAUUAACUUCUCCUUCAUACCGUCACAUCUUCGAGUGACAUACGUGGCUUCAGCUUCGUUCAUCUGGAUCAAUGUGCUGUGUUACAUCAAACGACAGCAGAUCAGUGGCAAUCCAAAGAUUGAAGCAUCAAAGUAAAAUUCGAUUUAGAUAAUGUAGACUUAUAAAGUGUGCAGCAAAGUUCAUUUUUGCUCGAUAGCAAUUCAUCUGAGGGCAGAUACAAUUUUCCGACACCCUGACAAACUGAGGAAUCCAUUUUCACGUCACCAUUAUUCAAUUUCGAAGUUAAGCAUCAAGAAUAAAAAAA